GAGGAAGUCCCUUUUGACACCAUUUCGCGUUGCAUUUAUCUAGCCAAGAAAACGCAAAAAAAAAAAGAGGAACGGGAGAAACGCGUGGUAUGUAUGUAUAUAUAUAUGUAUGUAUUUACGUUGUAUUUGUACCUACGUAUGCUUGAGCAUCCAAAUUGUAUUAAAUUUUUUGUUUCAAAACGUUACCUCUUUUUUCCCCCUUUUGGCUUUGAAAAGGGCAAAAUUUUGAGCAUUUUUAAAAAUUGUGGGUACGGUUGAAGAGAAGUGGGCCAAGCAAAGCUGUGGAGGGGCAUACCACGUAGAGAGGCGCAGAGAGGCGCAUAGCGACUCAGGGGAGACGUACCGAAUUGUACCAUCUUGCGAGCGCAGAUAGGCAGAUACGCGGAGGGCAAACUUAUCGUGUGAGCGCGCAGGCGGGAGGAGCUACAUAUGUAACAAAGGGGAGGCGUCGCCCGUGCGUCCCCCUGAUCGCGGCAAAGGAGAAGCGCCACGCCGCGUACAUGUCCAUGAAGUUACCGCUACAUACGCAUAUGUUCCAAUUUUGCACGUGUUUCAAAGAUUUCCUACUUUUGAUUCAUGAUCCAAGCGGAGGCCAAAGCGAUAUGCCCCCUAUAACGCACCACUUGUGGUAGGAAGAUCAGCUUGGUCACUCCCCGAUAGGUGAGGCAAAGAGAGCACCAAGGGUGAGUCGCCACACGGGGAAUUACCAUCCGGUGCACCUUUCCCCAUACAGAAGUAUUAGCAACAUCCCUGGGUGUGUCCCAAAAGGGGAACUCUUUAUGGGGAGAAAAAAACUGCAACAUUGCAUAGAUCGCUUCAACAGUUUAACCCCAAUUUUGGAAGAACAAUAAAUGCGUCGAACAGAAUGGCGGUGGAUUACAACGGAGACGUCAUGGACAUGGAGGGAAACGACCUGCUAAUAAAUCACAUGGACAGCAAUGAGAAGGGUGGAAAGUAUAGCGUCCGUUUAUUCAAAUUAAAGUUCAAGAAUGAUAAGUCGAGGCAAUACGAAAUUAACAACUCGAUGUCGUCUGAGGCCUUCCUUAAAGGGUACCUCCACAACAGCUCCGAUUUGGUGAUGCUCUCAGAUGAUACUUUUUCUCUCUACGAUUGUGAAAAGAAAAAAAAAAACACGUUAAUAAAUUUGAAUGAUUGUGAGCCAAUCGAUUUUGUAUAUUUUAAAAAAAAUAUCAUUUUUAUACAAAAGAAUAAGUGCUCCCUAUUUCAAGCCAAGACGAAUGGCAAAUGUAGCAUUAUGCUAAAUUUGAAGGAACCCCCUGUGAAGGUGAAUUUCUGCUCCCAUAUGAAAAAUAUGAUAUAUUUGAGUACCAAGAGUAGGGUCUACUUCUUAAAGCUGCUUUACUUGAAGGACAAAACGCUGAAGCUGAGUAAUACCAAUAUGAGCCUCCCUGCAAAAUGCCGGCAGGAGGAACAUGUGUACCAUUCGCACCGAAAUGAACAUCUGCAGGGGAGGGACGAAUAUAGGGAGGUUAUACACGUCUGCAGUUACUCCUGUAAGGAUGUCACCGUCUACAAAUUGGUGAAGGGGGAAGUGAAGAACAAAAAGAAGUGCCUCACCAAGCUAGAUAUAAGGAUGCUAAAUGAUGAGUCCAUAAAGGGGGUCUUUUUUUUCAAAAUUAAAUACCCUUCGAGGGGGUGCAACUUUGGGGAGGAGCCCGCACCGGAGGGGAGGCGUCUUGGCACCUCCAGCACGGAUGGUGAAAAAGGGAGUCACGCGAGUCAUGCGAGCGAGGGAGAAAACGCCCGCCAUGUUGUAGACACUAAAGAAGUAUCCAAAGGGGAAGGCCAAACGGGGGAGGAAGAAGCAGCCCAUGAGAAACACGCAAGCAACACAUCCGCCACGAAGGAAGAUGUUGUGAAGCUGUACCUACUCAUAUACAGCGAAAGUGGCAAGGUGCUGAUUUACCUCAUCGAUCAUCUGAAUGUCCCCCAUUUUAAGUUCGGCCUAGCACACGUGAGCAAGUGCCCUCUAGCACACAUGCAGCUGCCAUUCAAAGUGGCGCAAAUAUACAACGCAUCUGACCAUCUGCUCAAAAGAGUAAUGAAACAAAAAUGUAUCAUAAAAAAGAAGAAAGAAAAUUCUCCCAAUUUUGCAAAAUAUUUGGAACAUAUGGUUAACAAAUACGCCUACGUAAAUAGUAACUUUUUCAUGGACACUAUUUUUUUGAGUGAAAAAUCGGCUGUUGUUUAUACAAUACAGAUUCGCCACGACUUUUUAACCCCCCCAGAAGAAGCUGCAGAAGGUGCUGCGGAAGGUGCUGCGGAGGCUGUGCUGCUGAAGGUGAUGAACUCGAAUGAUAAACUUGUGGCCAUUAAAGAUGUGGAGGAUAAUGAGGUGAAAAAAAAUUUGGUUCACAAAAUUUUGAAUGAAUCGAAAUUUUCCUGCUACUCUGAUAGCGACUCCUACAUUGACAGCGACAUCACGUGGAAUGACGACAGUGAUAAAACGGACAGCUGCGAUGAGGACCGAUCGGAUUACAGCGAGGGUGAUGUAGCAGCGGACCAGGGGGGUGAAGCGGUGAAACCUGGUUUGCCCAUGCCCGGGGGGGAACCCCAAUUAGAGCAAAUGGUCCGCGAUGAUCCGGGGAAAAGCGCUCCAAAAGGUUGUUCCCCUAACGGUGCACAUAACGAUCAACGUAACGGCGCAGGCGCCCCCGAGGAAGAACCCUCCGGUGGAAGCAGCCACGAAACGGAUCAUCUCAAACAGGGCGAGGAACGCGCCGCAAGGGGAACCCCGCAGGGGGCCGACGAAUUCGAGGUCACCACGAAUGUGUCAAGGAAUGAUGGAAGUUUUUCCAACUCGACGCGCGUAAAGAACGGGACGCAGGCGUCCUGCAGUUCGACGCCCUCCUUGGGGGGCAGCGACACUGUGCAAGGGGAGCAAGCGGACGAAUUGGGAGAAGCAGGGGAAGUGUGCGCGAUGAGCGGGAUUAGCGGCGUGAGUGUAUUGAACGAUGAUGUCGCCCAAGGGGCGGGCGAACAAAAGGCGGAGGCAAACUUAACAGACCGAAAGGGCGAGGAAAGGAAAAAAAGAAAAUUGAAAAACGAGGAAAGCGCACCGGGGGCGGAGGUUGCAGAGGGAAAUUUUGCACAGCGCGAAAAUGUGAAGAAGUCUAAAGUGGGAGACAGCUCAUUAGACGAAACGGCGGGGGAAGCGGCGGGGGAAGCGACGGGGGAAGCGGCGGGAGAAGCAGCGGGAGAAGCGACGAGCGAAGUGGCAGGUGCCCUGCCGACCCGGAAGAGAGCGAUCAAGACGGAGGACUGCUUUAACGAUAUGGACAGCCACUCCGAAGGUGAGAGGAAAAACAACGGUGACGAAAGUGCAACCACCCCCAGUGACAAAUUUUUAGCCCUGUCAUCCAUAAUAAAGCUAAAUAUGUCUCUAGGAAGAUACAACAAGGUAAUUAUGCUGAUCAAUGUGAAAGACAAAAAAUUGAUCAAAGAUACAGUUGCCAAUUUGGGGAGAAAAUAUUGCAUAAAAUUGUUGGAGGUGCUUUUGAAUUCUCUAGCGAGGAAUAGGUUUUUUCUGGGCACUUUUUUUUUCUGGAUUAAAGCCAUAUGUAAAGAGCAUAAAGAGACGCUGAAGGGAAAGAAGUAUCGUAGACUGGUGAGCAAAAUAUCGCUCAUCGCGGAAAACAAUUUGAAGAAUGAAUGUAUAAUAAAACAUGUUAUAAACAAAAUUGAUUUUACCAUCGACCAUAUUAAAAAAAACCAAGUUUGGAAAAAUGACGAAAUUUUAAAUUACCAAGAUGGAACCAUCAUGAAGUGA